GAAGCGGCCGGUUUGAAUUUUAUUAAGCACGGGACCCACUUUUCAAAAACUUUCCAGGAACCGCCAAUGUCCUCAACGGUUCUCUUCUACAGUUCUACGCCUAUUUACAAUUUCACAUCCGCAUAUAUAAAAACGGCUACUAGCCGUUAGAGAACAUCAAAAGUCCGUCAUUUUCAAAAACGCAAUAGGAUACAGUAGCACAUCUUUUUUUUUUCUUCUUAAUUUGAAAGAAAGGCUCUUUCCAAUUCCCUCUUUCUUUCUCCAGAUUCAGAUUCAGAUUCAAUCGAUCGCAUCAAAGAUAUCAACAAAAAGGGAACAAAUUAAAGUCACUAAUUAAUCUGAAAUUAAUCAGUUUCUAAAGCUUAAUUUUCUACAUUGGUUUUAUUAAAGAUAAAAUAAAAUUAUGUCAUUGACUCCAGAUCAGUUUAGGAAAGUAGGGUUAGGGGUAAUCCCAUCUCCAUCUCCUUUCCUUACGCCUCGGCCGGAGAGGCGUCGCACAGAUCCAAGGAUAGCAGAGUUGAGUUCUAACCGUCAUGAUAGAGACAGAGAGGUUAAUGUUCAAGUUCUUCUCAGAUGCAGGCCACUGAGUGAUGAAGAGCAAAGGACGAACGUUCCAAAAGUGAUAUCAUGCAAUGACCAUAAAAGAGAAGUCACUGUUUUGCAAAAGCAAGUGGACAGGGUCUUCACUUUUGACAAAGUUUUUGGUCCUAAAGCACAGCAGAGAUCAAUAUAUGACCAAGCCAUCGCACCAAUUGUCAAUGAAGUUCUUGAUGGUUUUAAUUGCACAGUCUUUGCAUAUGGACAGACGGGCACUGGAAAGACCUACACAAUGGAGGGUGGAAUGAGAAAUAAGGGUGGGGAUUUGCCUGCUGAGGCCGGUGUUAUUCCACGAGCAGUUCGCCAAAUUUUUGAUACACUGGAGGCUCAAAAUGCUGACUAUAGUAUGAAAGUAACAUUUUUGGAACUGUAUAAUGAAGAAAUAACCGAUCUACUAGCUCCAGAUGACAAUGUGAGAUGUAUAGAAGAGAGACAGAAGAAACCCAUUUCUUUAAUGGAGGAUGGAAAGGGUUGUGUGGUUGUAAGAGGCCUUGAAGAAGAGGCUGUUUAUAGUGCUAACGAAAUUUACUCUCUCUUAGAGCGAGGAGCAGCUAAAAGGCGCACAGCAGAUACUUUGUUAAACAAGCGGAGCAGUCGAUCUCAUUCUGUUUUUUCCAUUACUGUGUAUAUAAAAGAAGCCACUAUUGGAGAUGAGGAACUUAUUAAAUGUGGCAAGCUUAAUCUUGUUGAUUUGGCAGGAUCAGAGAAUAUAUCUCGUUCAGGUGCAAGAGAGGGACGUGCAAGAGAAGCAGGGGAAAUUAACAAGAGCUUACUAACACUAGGCCGUGUCAUAAAUGCACUUGUGGAACAUUCAGCCCAUAUACCUUACAGGGAUAGUAAGUUGACAAGGCUAUUAAGAGAUUCCUUGGGAGGAAAGACAAAGACUUGCAUAAUAGCUACAAUUUCUCCUUCUGCUCAUUCUUUGGAAGAAACAUUAAGCACACUAGACUAUGCUUACCGUGCUAAAUACAUUAAAAACAAACCAGAGGCAAACCAUAAAAUGUCCAAAGCUAUAUUGCUCAAGGAUCUGUACUUAGAAAUUGAGAAAAUGAAAGAAGAUGUCAGAGCAGCAAGGGAAAAGAAUGGUGUUUAUGUUCCACAUGACAGAUAUGUCCAGGACGAAGCCGAAAAGAAGGCUAGGACUGAGAAGAUAGAGCAGUUGGAGAAUGAUCUCAACCUCAGUGAGAAGGAAGUAGAUAAGUUCCGUGAGCUUUAUCUCACUGAGCAGGAGCAGAAACUUGAUAUACAGAGUGAUCUCAAGGAAUGCAAGUUAAAUCUGGAGAAGAGUAAAAAGGAAUUGUCUGAUCUUCAAGAAAACCAUAGAAUAGCUAUCUCAACACUAAAGAUAAAGGAAUUUAUCAUCUCCAAACUGUUAUGCUCAGAAAAUUCCUUGAUUGAACGGGCAAAGGUGCUGCGAACUGAUUUGCAAACUGCCUCAGAGGACAUAACUUCUCUAUUUGCAAAAUUAGAUCAGAAAGACAAGAUUGAAGCUGAAAAUCAAAGGCAGAUAUUGAUAUUUGGUUCUCAUCUCGACCAGAGUUUAAAAGACCUGCAUAAAACCAUUCUUAUGUCAGUCUCUCAACAACAGCAACAAAUAAGAUUCAUGGAAGAACAUUCCCAAUCAUUCCUUGCUAGCAAAUGUGAUGCAACAGAAAUUUUGGAAUCAAGGAUUAAGAAAAUGACAGAGACACAUACCUCAGGAGUUGCAGCUCUGAAGGAGCUCGCCAACACGUUGCAAAGGAAAGCUUGCUCUGACCUGGAGCAUAUAAAUGCUACAAUCUCAUCUCAAACUACGGCCAUUGAGCAUUUUCUUGCCACUGCUGUUCUGGAGGCCAAGGAGGUUAUUCGGGAUGUCCAUAAUUUACUUCAUGAGCAGAAACAGCUGUUAACUCUAUCUGCUCGACAACAGGAGGAGGGACUAAAGCGAACUAUGACUUCUUCCCAAGUAAUUUCAAAGGCAGCAGUGAAUUUUUUCUGUGAUCUCCAUCAUCAGGCAUCCAACGUUAUUACAGCUCUUCAAGAAAGCCAAAUCAAGAAAAGCCACCAGUUAGCUGAUUUUGAGAAGUCAUUUAAAGAAGAGGCCGCCAGGGAGGAAAAACAAGCACUGGCGAGUAUUGCAGAAAUAUUAGCAACAUUGACUUCUAGAAGAACAGCAGUGGUCUCAGAGGCUUCGAGGAACAUCCAUGACCUGAACUUACAAGAGAAUAAUAGAUUUCAGAAAGACAUGUCCAGCAUGCAGCAGGUUUCCACUGAUGCUAAGGAAGAAAUAAAUCGAUAUGUAGAACAAGUAGAAAGACAUUUCAUGGAAGACACAUUCUCCGUGGCUGAAUCAAGAGUUAUUAUAGAAAAUGUUCUCCAUGAAUGCACAAAGAGGGUGGACGACUCUUGGCAAAAGUGGGAGAAUGCCCAAUCAUACAUAAGUAAUCUCAAUAAGAGCAACCUUCUGGAGAUAGAAUCUACUUUGAAGGAAAAUAUCAAUGCAAAUCAUGUUUCACAUGAAGAAUUUUUAUCUGCAUCCUCUGCCAAGGAUGCAGAUUUCGAUUAUAGAACUUGCGAUGUGAUGACUGCUGUUGAAGAUUCAUUGAUGCGGGACCGAGAAAGUAAGAAAGAAAUUGAAUCUAUUAGUACCCAGUGCUUGGAUCAACUCAAGUCAAUACAAGAGAACCAUGGUCAAAGCAUCGCAAAUAUCAGAAGCAAAGCAGAAAAGUCUCUGACAAAAGAUUAUUUGGUUGAUCAGCAAACCUGCGAAACACUUCAAAGACGGGUUAUAUCAGUUCCCAGCUUGGCAUCCAUUGAAGAGAUGAGAAUAGGUGCGUAUGAAAAUCUGAAAGAAGAUAAUAAAAAUUUGGAGAACAGAUCAAAAUGGGGCCAGAAUGAGAGCAAAACUUUGCUGCAAGCAGCAGCAUCGCCUAAUAGACCUCCCUUUGCUGAUGUCAACUAAAAGUGAGAUAUCUCAUUAGGAAAGCCAGGGUUUCCACUUUUAAUGGAAGCCCGAGCAAUAAUCAAUUAUGCUGAGUAUUUGUGGUGAAUGGAGAUGCUCAUCGACUGAUGAGUGCCCACUCCAUCAUUGAUCCUGCUUUGCUCAUCCUGAAACGUAGAUUUGUUUGCUCAUCUAGAAAUCUCGUUUAGUUUGUUAACGAGAGACAUUCCUAUGAGACAAACUUAAAGUUGAAACUCUCAUUAAAAUUCGACUGAGCAUGGAUAUUUUUGGCCCAA